AUGUUUACUUCUAGCAGAUGGGACCGACAAAAGCCAACCGCAUCGCAUUGCGGGCGUUCGCCAGGCGGCAGAGUACCAGGAUCGCAGCGAUGUCGAGAUAUCGUGGUACGGGGUGGGGUGGAGGUAAAAUGCGCGGGUAAUUGGUUCGCGCCGCCCGAGGCGAGCCCGUAUCGCGCUUUACCGACGUCGCCCCCGGUGUCGGGUGUGGACUAA